AUGGCACCAAAACAAGCACCCACCUUCCCUUCAUCUUCCAACAAACCAAUUCCAAGCCCGCGCUCACAUUGCGCCUGGGAAAUCAAAGUACGACAAGUCCGUGAGAACUCCCCCGUCUCCCCCUCCCUCCUCUUCGCCACGCCAAUCCGCUCCUUCACUAUUGCACCGAAGCGGAAACGUUCGUCGAGCAAAGACGAAGACAACGUCAAAAACGAAGACAAAGAAGAAGACAAACAGGGACAGAGACGUGUUGCCAAAGUCGCAAAAAGGGAGGAGAUACCAGACACAGCGUACGAUGCCGAUGACGAGGAUGAGGAUAUCUCUGCCGAUCAGGAUAACCUAUCUUUACCCCUGGUAUAG